GCUUGCGUACUUCGCGGCUUCCUGAGUGGUUGGCGGCAGCGGCCAUUUUGUGGCUCUUUGGCUUCCCCCCUCUCUCUCCCCCGAUAGCCUGGUCUUGUCCUGGAGGGGACGAGGGACCCUCGGCCUAUAGCACACACAGUUUUUUUGUUUUUGUACCGCGCGUCGAAGCCUCCCUCUCCCUUUGUGCGGUGUCCUGGGUCCGUCUGUGAGCGGCCCUGCCUCACCGCGAUGGAAGACGACGGGCAGCCCAGGACACUCUAUGUUGGAAAUCUCUCCAGAGAUGUGACUGAAGUGCUUAUAUUGCAGUUAUUCAGCCAAAUUGGACCCUGCAAAAGCUGUAAAAUGAUAACAGAGCAAUCCGAUAGCAGAAGGGUCAACUCUUCUGUUGGAUUUUCUGUUUUGCAGCAUACAAGCAAUGACCCUUAUUGCUUUGUGGAAUUUUAUGAACACAGAGAUGCAGCUGCUGCAUUAGCUGCUAUGAAUGGGAGAAAAAUUUUGGGAAAGGAGGUCAAAGUUAACUGGGCAACAACACCAAGUAGCCAGAAAAAAGAUACAUCAAAUCACUUCCAUGUGUUUGUGGGAGAUUUAAGUCCAGAAAUAACAACAGAGGAUAUCAAGUCAGCAUUUGCUCCUUUUGGUAAAAUAUCGGACGCACGGGUAGUUAAAGAUAUGGCAACAGGAAAAUCAAAAGGAUAUGGCUUUGUAUCAUUUUAUAACAAACUGGAUGCAGAAAAUGCAAUUGUGCACAUGGGAGGCCAGUGGUUAGGAGGUCGUCAAAUCAGAACUAACUGGGCAACACGAAAGCCACCUGCUCCUAAAAGUACACAAGAAAAUCUUCAUGCACGAUCUGAUGUGGCUUUUGGAAGGGCUGCCCUGCACUCUGUUUUCUUGACACGCUGCUCUCUGCAUCCAGACAACACAAAACAACUGAGAUUUGAAGAUGUAGUAAAUCAGUCAAGCCCCAAAAACUGUACAGUCUACUGUGGAGGAAUUGCUUCUGGGUUAACAGAUCAGUUGAUGAGACAGACGUUUUCACCUUUUGGACAAAUUAUGGAAAUAAGAGUUUUUCCAGAAAAAGGCUAUUCUUUUGUGAGGUUUUCAACUCAUGAAAGUGCAGCACAUGCCAUUGUUUCAGUCAAUGGAACUACAAUUGAAGGACAUGUUGUUAAAUGCUAUUGGGGUAAAGAGUCGCCAGAUAUGACUAAAAAUUUUCAGCAGGUGGAUUACAGUCAGUGGGGACAGUGGAGUCAGGUGUAUGGGAAUCCACAGCAGUAUGGGCAAUACAUGACCAAUGGGUGGCAAGUGCCAUCUUAUGGAAUGUAUGGACAAGCGUGGAAUCAACAGGGAUUUGGUGUAGAUCAAACACCAUCUGCAGCCUGGAUGAGUGGAUUUGGUGCUCAGCCUCCCCAGGGACAAGCUGCUCCUGUAAUACCUAAUCAGGCUGGAUAUGGUAUGGCAAGUUACCAAACGCAGUGAGCUGGGACUCUCUUUAGAAGUGUGAUUUCAAGAUAGGUUUCAAUUUCCAGUGAUUAUUCUGAAGACUGGAAUAUAGACUUUGGCGGGAGGGGAAAGAGAAUAUUUAUUUUGAAAUUGAAAAUGUUUGGAACCUUUAACACAGCGUUUGCUUUGGUGAAGGACACAAAUGUCUUCUAGUUAUGCCUUUUUAAGUUUUUUUGUUCAUGAUGAAUAUGAACAUGUUUUUCUUUAUGUACAAAAAUUAAAAUAAAGUCAAUAAAGACAAUUCUGACUACAAAUGUUGGUAUGUUAGGAAGAAAUGCUUAAGGAAGAAAUGAUUCUUAGAUUGCCAUUCCACUUUUUGUCUUCAGUGUGUGACAUCACCACUCUUAAGAAAAAUGACAUUAAAGUUGGUUCUAGUUGAAUAUUAAAUUCUGACAUUCUGGCUGUGGACCAAACAUUGCAUCACAGAAGACAAUGCUGUGUCUCCCCCCCGCUCCCCACAAAUAAUCACAAGGUCACCCUGCAGAAGACAUAACUUAUGAAAAUAGCUUUUAAAAAAACAAACAAAUAAUUAAGCUUUCUUAUGUUUGAAGAAACUGAAGCCUAAUAGAAAUAUUUCAGUCUUUGAUGAAAAGCCGUGCUGUCUACAAUACUUGAGCAAACACUUGCUGUCCACAUCCAGGAGCAUAUUAAUACUUUUCAAAUCAAGUUUGCUUUAAAGUACAACACUGCAUCUAAUAUUGGGAAGCAACUUUUUGUUUUUCCAGUAUGGUGCUUAGGCAGUCAUACUUGUGUUUUCAUAAAGUUUGUACUUAACUGCAGUGUUACAAAAGCAUGUUCAGACAUAGAAGUAGAAAUGUAAUUAUUUAGACUAAUACUUAAAAGUCAAAUGUCACCUACUGCUUUAUUUGUGGUAGACUGACAAGAAUGUGGGAGACUGACACUUCCAAAGUUGCUUUAAAAAUUUACACAAAUGUUAUACAAAGGGCCUUAAUUUUAAUUUCAUAACUCUUUAAUUCAGUUCCUUUUGUCACUAGAAAUCUGAAUUAUUUUGCUUUAUGUUACUCAGUAUGUAAAUAUCUUGGUUGACAACCUUGUAUACUUGAAGGUUCAUAUAAGUUGUAUAGUACCUGAGUGUUUUAAAAAAGAAAAAAUCUUGGGAUGUUUUUUAAGUCUAGAAAUAUUUAGCCCAAGAAUUUUUUUAACCAGAUUGUUAAAAUAUCUUAUUUUAGAAAUUCUUCAAUGUGCCAUUUGGUUAACAGAAAUGCAGUUGAAACAAAUAUACUGAGUUGUGGCUUAUUUUUAGUUAAAAUGUUUUUUUGUAUUUUGAGGUGGCUUGCAUGUGACAAACCUGUACAGAGGCUGGGGUUGUUUGUGCACUGAGUGUUUUGGGGAUAAAUCAUGAAGUUGUUUAAAUGGUAUACUUGGGCUAUUUUUCAGUUAUUUUAUGGAUAGAUUGACAAAACUGCCUCAAUAAAUUUUAAGUUGUAAAUGAAUGUAAGUUAGAUGCAAGAACUAAAUGUGUUACCUGCAACAGCUAGGGGGUGCAGAUGUGUCAGCUCCGAAUUUUAAUGUACUGAAGUCCUCUAAUAAGUUGAAUAGGCCCCAUUGCCAUAAUCUGUUCUGAUUGAUUUUCUUUUUUAAAGACUUGCAUUUUGGUAGAUGCAGUUCCAGAAAUGUAUGGGGCAACCUGCAUGUUUGCUUUGUAAACAUAACUCUUAUUGUUAAGCAAUGGGUUGCUGUGCAGAGUCUUGCAUUACAGACCUAGCACAAUUUGAAAAAUGAAUUCAUAUCUUCAUUACUUGGGAGAGUUAUUUCUUUUGGCAAAACUAAUGUCACCUUGCUUCUUGGACAAGACUGCACUGGUGAGUUCUUACAAUUCUGACAGGUGCCUCAUCUGAAGUGACUGCAGAGCUGUUGGUGUUUACAACAGCAGAUUUCUUUGUUCUUGCAGCAUAUGACUGUCCUGCUGUACCUGAAAUAUUUUUAGGGAGUUCUGUGUUCCUAAAUUGUCUUUAAGGCUAGGAAAAUUUGAGGCAGGGAGGGAUGCAACUGCUAUGAACUCUGUUAAUAUUGGAUAUGGUGACCUACGUCAACUAGAGCAGGGGUUCUCAAUGUUGGGCUCCCAGAUCUUAUUGGACUUCAACUCCCAUAAUCCCCAGCCCUGGUGGCCUUUGGUUGGGGAUUAUGGGAGUUGAAGUCCAGUAACAUCUGGGGACCCAACAUUGAGAAUCCCUGGACUAGUCUUGCUUAGCAUAAUGCUGUUGUAUUAGUGCAAGCAUGUAGCACAGAUAUGUGCAAAUAAAAUUAUUUCUGACUAGUUCUUGUGCUAGCAGAAGAUGUUGACAGACUACUGAACCCCUCGUGCAACCUUGUGUAUGUGUCUCACAAUAUCACGGAGCACUGUAACUUCACACAGUUCCCCAAAUUUAAGUGUGCUCAUGACUUCUCUCAUUGCACUAGCGUGACAGUCUAAAUGUCAACCAGUGACGUUUAAAAGUUAUCACUUCUGCUAAAAGAGAAUGUACUCAUCCUUGAAUCCAUUAAGUAAUUGGACUUGCAGUUGCUUUCAAAAGGGAUUAUAUCCUCCAGCUCUAUCUUGAAAAUGAAUUUAUUCUGAAAGUUAAAACUAAUUAAGGAUUUUCAGGGGGUUGGGAUGUUAUACAAAUGUGUGUUCUGUCUCCAUUUAGAUUCAGCAAGAUAUCACUGCUAACAAUUUAAGCUAGUUGGGCAUAGCACUUACGGCCUUAAUCCUGCAGUUUUAAAUACACAAGUGAUUCAGUUCUGAAGACAAGACAGAACAACCACUCCAGGAUAAGGACCUAGGUAUUUUGUCUCAGAAGAUUUUUUUUAUUAACUUUGUUUUUAAAUUCUAAAUCGUUCUGCCAGUUAUUCAAGCCACAAAAUACCAUGUGAUGCUGACUAGGGAGGUUUAAUUUUGUGACAGUUUUAUGCUUUGAGAACUAAGUGUUGCUUUCUUAAAUAUUUCACCAGCACCGUUGGGAUUUUUGUUUUGGGCACCAAAGAGCUUUUGAUGCCACAUUAUUUCUCUCCUGAUUGUUACAACGUAGUGCAAUCUAACCUGCUUUCCAGGUCACAGAGCUCAACCACUAUCCCACCUCAUGCCACCAGGAUUUGGAAUCCUGAUGACAAAAGCACGGUAUGACCUGAAGGGGAAAAGGUGAGCUGAGCCAGGGUUUCAACGAACAUCUGCAGAAAAUGUUUCAAUAAAGCAAAAACAUUUUGAUGACA